ACAUCAUCACUCAGCAGGAGAGUAAAAGGAUGGCGGAGGACGGGAGGGAUGAGUUGGUGGCCACUGACGAUGAGUCAGACCACACAGCUGCAGACGGGAGCAGCAGCCUGAACAACACGAUGGUGGAAGAGGGCUCCACUCUCGUGCGCAGAAUGGAGAUCUGUGUUGCCGAGGCCGAGAAAAGGAGUGGUAAAAACGCAGUGAACAUGCAGGAAACGUUCACUGUGUACCUCAUCGAAACACGGCCCAUGGAUGCAGUCGCGGAAGGUCGUAACCCAGCCCCUGACUCUCUGUGGAGGAGAUACAGUGAAUUUGAACUGCUGCGUAACUACCUAUUAGUUACCUAUCCAUACAUCGUGGUCCCCCCUUUGCCUGAGAAGAGGGCAGAGUUUGUGUGGCACAAGCUGUCUGCCGACAACAUGGACCCAGACUUUGUGGAGCGGCGCAGGAUCGGGCUGGAGAACUUUCUGCUUCGCGUGGCAUCCCAUCCAGUCCUCUCCAAUGACAAGAUCCUCCACCACUUUCUCACUGAGGAGCAUGGCUGGAAGGAAGUGGUGUAUGAGACAGGAUUUCAGGCAAAGGCAGAUUCCAGGAUCAGGGCUCUCAGUGCCACCUUCAGGGUGAGAAAUCCAGAUAAGCGCUUCAUGGAGAUGAAACACUACAGCGAUCAGCUGCAGUCUCACACAUCUCAGCUGCUCCGAGCACGGGCAAGGGUUGCAGAUCGACUCUACGGUGUUUACAAGGUCCAUGGGAACUAUGGGAGAGUCUUCAGUGAGUGGAGCGCCAUAGAGAAAGAGAUGGGAGACGGACUGCAAAGUGCCGGUCAUCACAUGGAUGCAUAUGCUGCCUCAAUAGAUGAUAUCUUAGAAGAAGAGGAACAUUAUGCAGACCAACUGAAAGAAUAUCUCUUCUAUGCUGAAGCGCUGAGGGCAGUGUGCAGGAAACACGAGCUGACCCAGUUUGAGCUUGAGAUGGCCUCCCAGGACCUCAUCUCAAAGAAGCAGCAACAUGAGGAGCUGGCUACAGGGAUUGUGCGGACGUUCUCCUUCAAAGGCAUGACCAACAAGCUUUUUGGCCAAGAGGCACCUGAGCAGAGGGAGGCCAGAAUCAAGCUGCUGGAGGAGCUAAUAGCAGAGGGGGAAGACACCGUCAAGGAGAAAACAGUCGAGUGCGAAGAGCAUGUUGAAAGGGCGUGGGUGGAUAUGCAGCGCUUUAAGGAGCAGAAAGACAAAGAUCUGCGGGAAGCGCUCAUCAACUAUGCUGUCAUGCAAAUCAGCAUGUGCAAAAAGGGAAUACAAAUGUGGAGCAAUGCCAAAGAAUGUUUCCUCAAGAUGUAACGGUGAAGCCAUAUUCAAAGGAUUCCCACCCUCAGUAAUGCUCAGCUGUGGAUGCUGGAAAAAUGAGGCCAGUGUCUUGUGGUUAUGGUUUACAAACAACAUGCGUAUAAAGAUGAUGUAGUUUCAAGUAGUUUCACAAAACGAGUUCAUAUGCAACUAAUGCUCAGUAGUAAUUUACAUUCACUGUUAACCUGCUGUGGAGUGAAAAAAGGGAGGUGGUGGAUCACACAAAGCACAUGAGUUCACAUGAGAUGAGUUCACACAC